AGUUCCCAAGGGUUUAAUAUUUUCAAAGAGCUUGCACGUGAGAGUCUCGCAACUGAUUUAGAUUGGAAUAAGAUGGUUGGGUAUUGGGGGGAGGAGGCUUUAUCCACAUCUUACAUACCGUUGUUUGUUAUUGAGUUGCAAGAGGCGAGUCCACUACAACUUAUGGCUGAGAGGGUUGAGCCUAGUUCCCAAACCUCAAUAGACCUGAAUAUAAUGGAUCUUGAGCAAUGGGUUGAUGAUUUGGUAAUAACCCCUGUUGAUUUAAGUCAGAUUCCAAACUGUGACUCAAAGAGCACUAAUUUAACAAAGUUACCCGUGAAGAGGGCACAUGAAGUACUACUCCUACAUCAAUCCAGCCCUAGUCAAUCACUUUUAAAUGCCUCCUCCCCACCCACUGCUACUAUAUCACAAGCACCUAUACACACACCUGCUGAUUUAGACUCCAACACAUAUGAUGAUGUUGAAAGUGCGUGUAGGGUGGUGAAACACAGAAGGAAGGCAGAGGGAAAAGGAACACAUCAAUUUCUUACAAGUGAAUCCAUAGUCAAGCUCUGCAAUAAAGAGUUGAAAGGCUUAGAGGCGUAUGACAUCCCAACACUUAGUAAACCACAUAUACCUGUCCUAGAUGUGUUCUUUGAAGAACCUACGAUCCCCAAUAUGGCUGAAGCUGAUGUGAGAGACAGGGAAGAAGAUGAGCAUAGUGAUGAUUCAUUAGAUGAGAGUGAAAGUGAUUAUGUUGGUGAGAAGGAUGAAUGGAUGAGUAGUGAGGAUGUUUCUGUGGAUGAGGAAUCACACUCUGAAUCGGAAAUCGUAAGAUACCCUAUAUAGGCAGGCACUUAAUAAUGAGGUAGACGAUGAAGAGGGUUGUGGGAAUAUAUCAAUUGUGAAUAAGAUGGCCAAUGUAUUUAAAACAGGGAGGCUUUGGAGUAGGGGUAUAGAUGGUAAGGUGGAGUUAAAAGUUGGUGACAUAUUUAG